UUAGAUAUGUUCCUUUUCAUUUUCCCCUGUUCCCUCUUUCCUUCUGAUGCAGACUUUCUCAUCUCGCUGUGUCCUUCCUGCUGAUGGAGACUCGCUCAGCUUCACUGUCACUGCUGAUUUCUCUUCUGAAGACCUGAGAAAGGAGCUGUCCUGUCUGAAAAAGAGUCUGGAGAAGAUCAGCUGGUGGGACAUCAUGACAUGGACUCCAUCAGGUCAUGAAGCUCCAUUUGUCACCUUACAGCCUCCUGAACCUCAGAGCAGAGAGGAGUUUUUACGAUACUUCUGUCCACUCACAAUGGACAUCAACACGGCACAUAGAGACCUCCGUCUGACUGAUGGGAAUAAGAAAGUGAUACAUAAAGAAACAGAGGCCAAAUAUCCUGAUCAUCCUGACAGAUUUGACUGGUGGCCUCAGGUUUUGUGCAGGGAGGCUCUGACUGGGACUCGCUGUUACUGGGAGGUGGAGUGGACAGGAGAUGAGAUGCUGAUUGGAGUCGCAUAUAAAGGACUGGGCAGGAUUGGGGAGGGUGAGGAGUUUUGUCUGGGAUUCAAUGACAAGUCCUGGAGUUUGCAGUGCUCUGAUUCCCAGUACUCUGUCUGUCAUAAUAACCAGCAGACUCUAAUCAGCGCCCCCUACAGCCCCAGAAUAGGUGUGUAUCUGGACUGGCCUGCUGGCUCUCUGUCAUUUUAUAGCGUCUCACACACAAUGACCCUCCUGCACAGGUUCAACAACUCCUUCACUGAGCCCCUCUAUCCAGGGUUUUAUCUUGGUUGUAAGUCCAUUAUAACAAUCUGCCAUCUGAUGCCUUGUGACUACUGA